CGGUAACGCACCAGAUCAAUUAAGAGGCAACCCUCGAUGAUGCGCCGUGGCGUUGUAGAGGACGGCGCGGCCGGUGUCUGACGUCGUCGAGGCCAUUUGAGGUGCGCCGCACGGCGGUACGCACCUCACGACCUCGUGUACCCCGCAGGCCGCGUCCAUGAGUACUCUCAAUCGCUCGUACGCGCGAAGACCGUCGCCGACCGCCUGUCCACGGCGACGCUCUAUGCAAGGCCCACGUCUCAAGCACCGCGUGCGCACCCCUCCUGAUCUCGCACAACCCUGCGACCGCGUCCUCAAUGCGAUCAUCGCGCUCUGGUGAAAAGGCGUACCGUCCUUCCUUUCCCAUCCUCCUUACAGCUCGUUCCCUCACAGAAGGGACGAGACUUGAUCGGUUUCUACAAACACCAUGCACUGAAAACGAAGAGCUUGGCGUGCCCUUAACCUGAGCACUGCGAGCAUGUGUGCGGGCCCGCGGAGAUGUCCUUUCUCGAGGAGGCGCCUCGGAGGAGAACGUUUCGGAGCAGACCACCGCACUCAGCCUCGACCCCUUUGCGACGGCCACAUGAUACACACGGCGGGCGCGCGAACUAUGUUGGCAGCCCGGAAUCUAGUUCCAGUGGGUGUGAAUCACGGACGGAACACAUGUAAAGGGAUCGUCGGCGUCGUCGUGCGGUGCCGCCGCCGUUUCGUCUUGCGUGCUGCGCCCGACCCCGUAGCCGCUCGUCGUCGAGCCGUCACAGUUCUCGUGUCACACUUGCACGUAGAUGAGCCGGCGCCCGCAGCUCUGGUUGGCGUCAAGUUUUUUUUUUCUCUUUGCGGCCGCACUUUCGUGCGGCCUGUGGCGCUACUCUGGCGUCAUGUUUUUUUUAUUGUCAUCUAUCUCGUGGCCGCGGCACGCUACGCUAGAGCGCAUGUCUGCAACACAGCUGUGCUGGCGCAGGAGAGCCGCGGCGGCGCGCUGAGAGCUGGCGCAGCGCAGCGGCGAGAGCAGUCCUCGCUGGAUAGGCUCCCGGAGAACCCCAAAGCUUCGGAGCCGCGCUGUAACGCGUGCUAUUUGCCGCAUUGAGAGCUGCACC